CUACGUGAUCGAAGACGCAAAAAAUAUGUUCUUCAGUGACAUAAUCGUCGCCUCAAUUGGUUUUGUUCUCGUCAUAUUUUUUGUAGCCGAAGAUGUGAAGGUGUUAAAAAAACACUCAUACUACAACAACACCAUACAAGAAAUAGUUUUGUACGAGGUGAACCUUGGGGAUAUCGAGUUGGAAGCAUUCAAAGACUUGUCAGUGUAUUUAUUACAGAUUUCCGAAAAUCCUUUGGAGAGAUUAAGGAACGGUGUUUUCGUCAACGUUUCAACGCAUGAGAUGUUACUGUUCGGUAACGACAUAAAAACGAUCGAACCUGGUACCUUCCAGGACUUGCGUCCUUUGGAAAAGGGCGGAAUUCGAAUGUUGUCUUUGUCAUUUAACAAACUGGGAGUUAUACAAAAUGGGAUUUUCACCAAUACAAAGUUUAGGCAACUUUUUCUGGUCGCUAAUGAUAUCAAAUACAUCGAGUCAGGUUCUUUCGACGGGAUGGUAAACUUAGUUGAGUUGAACUUGGAGGAUAAUCUUCUAGAGAGCGUUGAGGUGGGAAUUUUCCAAAAUUUAGCAACUCCCGCAUCAUGGGUGGACUUGUCUUUAGCCGGGAAUGUGAUAGAAUUUGUUGAUGUCUAUGCCUUUGAAAACACCACGCUUCAUGAUCUGGAUCUACGGGAUAAUCAGUUGGGAGUGCACUUACUUUGCCACAAUUACUUUAAAAGGACUAGCGCAAGCAAUGAAACAGGUUCUUGGGAAUUCAGCUGUCAGCAUGGUGAACUUGAAUGCUAUGGGAAUAAAGUACAUUCCUGUGCCGUAGGGUUGUACCCUGUUAGUCAAAGUACAAAUUUUAUAAUAUGUUCGAUGAAUUCCUCGGACGCAUCUUUGGACGCCAACAACGAAGCUUGUGCCACAUCUACCAACAUCUCAUGGACAGUAAUUCAAGAAUGCCUCAGUAGCGACCAGGGUGACGAAUUUCUAGCAGCAAACGGCAGACGUACGGACAAAUUGAUACCAAACGUCGUCAAUUCUAUACCCACCGUAGUCUUGAACGACGUCUUCAGUGCAGAACUUCGAAGGAUAUCAAUUGCAUACUUCCAAGAUACGUUGGUGUUUAUUUUGGAGCAAGUCCAGUGCGGGUUCUGCCAGUUUAGUGGGUCGAAUUUGGUUUCAGGUUCUGGCAAAUUUGUUGUUGGUGUCACUUUAUUGUUAGCGUUAUAUCAAAAACUGUUUGCCUUAAUAUAACAGCAGGUAAACUGAAACUUCUAAAAUAUUAGUUUAUUUACCAAAAAUAUAAUGCUGUUUUAUUAGUGUUCCUGUCCACGACGAAGUCAAAGGUUUUAUGU